GCUUAACUAACCAUCAAGAAUCCAAGCUCGAUCAAUGGCGGCCACCAUGCGUGGUGGCAACGUAGCACUCGCGAUCAUCUUCCUGUGCUUCACCUGUAGCAACAAUGUCUUCCUCCUCCGUUCGUCGUCGGCGUCGUCCCCCAUCGACGACUUCCUCCGGUGCCUCUCCGGCAAGAUUCCCGCGGAGCAAGUGUUCACGCAGAGCUCGAGCGGGUUCAUGGCGGAGCUCACCUCGUCCGUGCAGAACCCCAGGUUCGUGACGAACGCCACGGUGCGGCCCGCCUGCAUCGUGGCGGCGUCCGACGCGUCCCACGUCCAGGCCGCCGUGCGGUGCGGCCACCGGAGCGGCGUCCGCCUCCGCGUGCGCAGCGGCGGGCACGACUACGAGGGCCUCUCGUACCGCGCCGUGCGCGCCGAGACGUUCGCCGUGCUCGACCUCGCCGGGCUCCGCGCCGUGCGCGUCCGCGCCGGCGACGCUACGGCGUGGGUGGACUCCGGCGCCACGCUCGGGGAGCUCUACUACGCCGUCGGGACGGCCAACCCCGGGUUCGCGUUCCCCGGCGGGGCCUGCUCGACGGUCGGCGUCGGCGGCUACCUCAGCGGCGGCGGGAUCGGGCUCAUGAUGCGCAAGUUCGGGAUCGGCGCCGACAACGUGCUCGACGCCAUGAUCGUGAACGCCGACGGCGAGCUCCUCGACAGGGGACGCAUGGGGGAGGACCUCUUCUGGGCGAUCCGCGGCGGCGGCGGCGAGAGCUUCGGGGUGGUGGUGUCGUGGCGGCUGAAGCUCUCGAUGGUCCCGCCCACGGUGGCGGUGUUCACCAUCGCCAAGACCGCCGGCGACGGCGGCGUCGGCGACGCCGCCGCCCUGCUCGCCAAGUGGGAGACACUCAUCCUCCAGCCGUUCCUCCCGGAUCUCACCAUCCGCGUCGUCCUCCAGGGCCGGACGGCGCUGUUCCAGUGCCUCUACCUCGGCAGCGGCGGCUGCGCCCGCCUCGCCGCCACCAUGCGCGCCUACUUCCCGGAGCUCGGCAUGACAGCCUCCGACUGCCACGACCUCACCUGGCUCCGCGCCAUGGCGUUCAUCAGCCUGGGCGCAGCCGACGCGCCGCCGGAGGGCAUGCUCCGCCGCACCAACAACCUCGGCACCUACGUCAAGAGCAAGUCCGACUACGUCCGCCGCCCCAUGGGCGCCGCCGCGUGGUCCGCCCUCUUCGCGGACCACCUCGCCAGCAACAACGCCGGCGUCCUCAUCCUCGAGCCCCACGGCGGCGUGGUCGGCGCCGUGAUCCCUGACAUGGCCACGCCCUACCCGCACCGCGCCGGCGUGCUGUACAACAUCCAGUACGGCGUGUUCUGGUGGGGCGACGACGAGGGGGAGAGCUCAGCGGCGGCGAGGCGGUGGCUGGACGCGCUGUACGCGGCGAUGGAGGCGGCGGUGAGCGGCAACCCCAGGGAGGCGUUCGUGAACUACCGUGACCUUGACAUCGGCGAGAACGCGGUGGUCGGCGGCGUGACGGAGUACGAGAGCGCGAGGAGGUGGGGGGAGAGAUAUUUCAUGGGGAAUUUCCGGCGGCUGGCGGCGGUGAAGGGGAGGGUGGAUCCCGGCGACUACUUCCGCAACGAGCAGAGCAUCCCGCCACUUCUCCAGCCCUAUUAGGCUUAGUAGCCUUUUUAUUUGUUUGCACAGUGCACGUGUGCAUUGCACUGC